ACUCAAUUUUCAGUCAGAAGAAUUAAACGGUCCUUUUCUCCGACGUUAAAAAAGACGAAUAAUUAGUCGGUCGAUAUAUUAAAAUUGUUGUUGAAACAAGUCUUUUUAGCCAUGAGCGGUAUUCCUGGCACUGCCGUCGUCCAGGUGACCAAUCUGUCAUCGGUGGUGAGCAGCGACCAGAUGCGCACUCUCUUCGGCUUCCUAGGGGACAUCGAGGAGCUACGGCUCUACCCGCCCGACAACACCACCCUGUCCUUCUCUUCCAAAGUGUGCUAUAUCAAGUUUAAAGAACCUUCCAGUGUUGGUGUGGCGCAGCAUCUCACCAACACCGUUUUUAUUGACAGAGCUCUCAUAGUGGUACCAUGUGCCGAAGGGAAGAUUCCGGAAGAGGCUAAAGCCUUGUCACUUUUGGCACCCGCUCCCCCCGUGCACAGCCUGCUCCCAGGUGGGGGGCUACUCCCUAUCCCCACGCCCAUCCCGCUACAGAACUUAAACCUGCCCCUGAUGGGUCACGUGACUACAUCUGCCCUGGACCCUGCUCCAUCCUCUGUCUCACAGCCCCCCCUCAUGGGGAAUGUGGACCCCACCAAAGUGGAUGAGAUCAGGAGGACGGUCUACGUAGGCAACUUGAACUCACAGACAGCGACGGCAGAGCAGCUAAUGGAGUUCUUCAGGCAAGUGGGUGACGUGAAAUUUGUGCGGAUGGCGGGCGAUGAGACACAGCCGACACGCUUCGCCUUUGUAGAAUUCGUGGAGCAGGACGCCGUUGCCCGGGCGCUCACUUUCAACGGCGUCAUGUUCGGCGAUCGGCCACUCAAGGUGAACCACUCCAACAACGCCAUCGUGAAGCCUCCCGAGAUGACAGCUCAGCAGUUGGAAAGCGUAAUGAAGCGCGUGCGGGAGGCACAGUCCACCAUCGCUGCCGCCAUUGAGCCAGCGGAAAAGGAGAAACGCUAUGCGGGUCACUCGGGGAGAUCUCGCAGACAGUCGCGCUCUCGCUCCCGGUCAGGCUCACGCAAGAAAUCGUCGCGUUCCAAACACGGGCCAACACAAAAGUGGCCGAGGAAUGAUGUGCGCACUUCCCGUAGGGGCCACGGGAGGCGCUCUCGCUCCAGAGAAAGACGGCGAAGCACGAGUCGUUCCAGGAUCCGCCGGCGAAGUCGGGGGCGCUCCAGGAGCCCUCCCAGGAAAGCCAGGUCGCCGUCGCCAAAAAGGAUAAAGAAGCGUCGAGAACGUAGUAGGGAAGCGCGUGAACGUUCUUCAUCUAAGAACAGGAGCCGCAAAGAUGAAGAGCGGCCAAGAGGAAAGAUGCACAAGGUAGGACGAGAUGACGACAGAGAUGACUCUCCCUCCGAGGACACCAGCUCACCCCUCUACACACAGCACAACGGUGUCCACAAUGCGCGCAGCGACGAUUCGUCCAUUUGACGCGGCCUGAGCCGUCACGUCACUCCAGACUGACUGACUUUGAGUUGUCACUCCCCCUGCCAGAAGGGCAAGUGACCGCCACGAUGUCCAAUUACAUAUGAGCUUUGCACCCCGGGAAGAGACUGCAAGCGUACAAGAGUUCGUGUUGCUCUCAGCUUGGUAACGUGAUCACAGAAUUGGCAGUAAACUCUUAACAGUGAUCCUCACUUGCCCAUUUUGGUGGCACAAACGGAAGAAAACGCCUGAUGUUUCCUGCUUGAGACGUGGCGUUUCACGAGAAGGCUUUAUUUCCUGUUUUCUUGUUUUUGUGGGCACACUUGCUGUUUUAGUCCUUUUGGAGUUAUUUUAUUGUACAGUUGUUGUGUGAGCGUGGAGAAGAGGAGGAAGGUAGUAAACUUCGUACCCCAGUGCCGGCGUGCUACGAUCCCCUUACUCCGAUUGGAGCAUCUCCUCGAACGUCCCAAAUUGCAAGUUGGUACUGGUUGAGUCUUAGGUGUAACACCCGUUCGUGACUUCCACCUCUGUCAAGACCUUUCAUGCAGAACAGCGAAACGGGGUAAAACUGUCUCAAUCUCCGUCCUGCAUCUGGUGUUAAAAGCCACAAACUAACAGGUUGACUUAAUCGCACUCUUCAGUUGUGUGUCGAUACCUUUGAGCAGAAUAGUGACACUGGAAAAUCCUUGCUUUGAUAAGCAUUGGAAAGGGGCCUCUGGUAUUUGAAUAUAAACUUAAAACUAGGACUGAGUGCUGAAACCUAUCAAUUUGGUGGUAACCGGACCAAAUAAAAAGGACUAUUGUAGUGCCGGAAUUUUAAUUUUCACCCCCAACUGUUUGUCCCAAAAACAGUCAGUGGCCCUAUUAGCAAGCUAUAGUCAGGCAGCCCCCACCCCCAAAAAAAUGGUCAUGCCAUGUUUUUAAUAUUGUUUUAUUUAUUAAUAUCUUGUUACUUGUACUUUUAGUUAGUAUGCAUUUUUUGGGGGGAGGGGGUAGUAUUAGUUCAAAACCAUUAAGCACAGGAACUGUUUUAAAAUUAACGGAGUACAUUAUCUGAUGAAACCUAAAAAAUACUCAACCCUAUGUAAAGGCCAAAUUAUACAGGAUGCAUGUGCGCUACGGAUCCGCCAAGUUCUGUGUUGACUGCGUGUUAAGCAGUACGUCAAAAAUAGGACAAAACAUACCUGCUGCGCAGAACUGCGGUCGGGCAGCUCCGUCCCGCAGUGAGCUCUCGCUCACAUAAGCUGCACACAGACUAGGCCUGAACGAUAUUGGAAAAAACUAUUGUUGCGAUUUUUUUUAGGUGUGCAAUAUAUUGCGAUAUUAUAUUGCGAUAGUAAAAAAAAAAAAAUAAUAAUAAUUUUAAAGAAAUAUUCACUAGAUGACUUGAAUAGCUGUUUGGAAAUACUUUGCAUGACACACCGUGACCACAGUGUAUUCAUAUAAUACGGUUUCAUUUGUGAAUGAUUAAGAUUGCUGUAUUAUUAUGAAGGGAUCCAGGAAGCCAUGUCUGCACAAAAUAGAUAAUUUCUUGAACACAAUAUUUGACACUUCAACAGCAGCAAAUACAUUAAAUGACAAAUAAAAGAGCAGGUGCAUUCGUCCCCUGAGUUUUUGACAAAAUAUAACAAUAAAUAACAACUUCGGUAAAAUAACAACAAAGUUGUAAACAUAUUUGAACAAAAAUAUUAAAUAUGACAAAUAAGAGUUGUUCACAAACUAUAACAAUAAAUAAGAACCUCAGUAAAACAAUAAAGUUGUCAACAUAUUUGAACUUAAAUAUUAAAUCUGUCAAAUAAAAGUGCAAGUGCAUUAGUCCCCUGAGUUGUUUACACAAAAUAUAACAAUAUAGAACUGCAAAACUGCAACAAAGUUGUAAAAAUAUUUAAAAAAUAUUAAGUAUCAAAACUUUAUGUGCAGCUGUACUAUAGUUAUUUGAAAAAUACGAUUUACAGUUAAUUUAAAUAUAAAAGAAACAGAAACUCAAUUGAACUUGUAAAUAAUUGAACUGAAUAACAGCAAAUAACUGAUGAAUAACAGAACCAUUUUAACUCCCAAAUUUAUGUAUUUGUCUGCAUAUCGUCCACCUUCCUUGCUCAGCAAUUCUCAACUGGGUCUCAUAGGUUUUUGGCCAAGACUACUAGUUUAUCCACCAUUGCAGGCUUGAGACAACAACGUUGGCACGUAACAAUGUUCCCACCUGUACUAAAAAGCCUCUGAUGGGAAGCUCGUAGCAGGAAUGCAUAGAUACCUGCGUUUUAAAUGGUCCCACAUGUUCGACGGAUUACUUCUUGUUGAGGCAACCAUGGCGAGGCACUGUCAACAGGGCUGUUUUUUGUUCCUUAUAUUCUUGUCGAUAGCCAAAAUACUUCCAAAACUCCUUUUGGAGACAGUCUUCCCUAUUCAACGUGCUGCUUGAUUGCUUGCUUUCACUUUGAAAACGGCCCCUCCUCCCUCCGCUCUGCUGUUCGGCCCCUCCUCCCUCCACUCCGCUCUAGCAGGGGAGGGGGAGGAGCCGAUGACUGCGAGCUGGAGAGAAUGAGAGACUGUGCACUCUCUUUCUCGCUCCUUGCUCAAAACAAACGUUUGUGGAUUUAAAAAAAUGAAAUGAAAAAACUAUCGCACGUCCUUGCGAUGGGACUAUUGCGCAUGCGCACAUCGCGAUGGCGAUGUUUAAACGAUAUAUCGUUCAGGCCUAACACAGACUACUUUUCAUUGUGUCAAAGUGUCAUUUUGUCAGUGUUAUCCCAUGAAAAGAUAUACUUAAAUAUCUGCAGAAAUGCGAGGGAUGUACUCACUUUUGUGAUACACUGUAAAUGAAAACUGUAUAUUUAAAAAAAAAAAAAAAAAAAGUAUCAGCCAGUACUACACAGACAGUUGUCAGAAUUGGUAUCGGGAGGCAAAAAAUAGUUUCUGUUCAACACUUGUCUUCACCACCUCGUCCCACAUACCAUAUCACUACCUUUCAUGCAGAAGUAACACUGUAACUGUUUAAGUCUUUUACCGUAUUUUAUUGAGACGCAGUGAAACAACUGAAACAUCUGCCAGUGUGCGAGAAGAAAGUGAUGCGAACAAAAAGUGCCUACGCUGCAAUUGUACAAAAUUUUGUCAUAGAAAUAUAUUAUUAGCAUGCUUAGAAUCUAGCGCUAGCAUUGGUUACUACAGAUGAAGCAGUAGGUCAAAAGUCCACAAAUGAGUUGGCUUUGUUCUAUUUUUCAAAAGAGCACUGAAGUGAGUGUAAAUUGUUCCAUGUUCACAAGCUUGUGUUUGAUGUGAUGUUUUAGUAAAAGAAAAAUGUUUUUUAAACAUGCCGUUUUUUUGUGCUUCAUGCAUCGCCCCCUGCAGGACUGGAGAACGAUCGAUGACAAAUGCGCGGUUUCCAUGUCCAUCAAACAUAUGCAAAUGUUGCGAUCCACGCUAGACUGCAUCGCGUAGUUGCCCGCGUGAGCGUCCUUCGUCUCUGAUUUUCAUCAGCUGCUGGAUGACAUCCAAACUGGUGUAGCCGCUGGCUACAGGGAAAUCGUGAGAGUUGGCCGCUCUCUGCUCAUCGACGGUGGCGCAAAGCCCGCGGACCGAACGGGAGUUCUCGGGAGGUGGCACUCGGAGUUCUACGAUGAGCAGACUGAGCGCGUCGUGUUCUUCCAGGGUGAGGGUGUCAACAGGCUGAAGGAGCUGGCAAAGACAACAAAAGCAUCCAUCUGGGAUGUUAUACAGUAGAUUUGUCAGGUAUCAUUUGAAUAUUUUUUUUCUCCCUGCAUUUGAAAACAUAUGUUGUACUCCUGAUGUAAAAAUCCAACAGGAUGAAUUGAAGUGCAGUCAACUGCAGUUGAGAUUUGGAGUUGAUGUCCAAACGGUUGUUUAAAAAAAAUAUUCAAAGAAUUUGGAUGUCAGCAAUUUGCAGAAUUAUACAUGGCAAGUUUGUUUUCUUUUGUCAGGCUUCGAAAAGUCUGUACGAUUGAAUAAUAACGUAGGUAAGGUGUAUUUUCUUAUCCUCAUUUUGCUCAAAUUUGCAGCAGAACUGUAAUGAUCUUUUGCACUAAAUACAACCACAAUACGAGGUUAUAUAAGACUAAAAACUAUUCUGUGGUUAAUUUUUCCUCGCCAAAAUUUGUACUUUAUUUUACUUGAGUAAAGGAGUUGAAAUGGCCACACCCCAAAAACUGCUUUGUGCUUUUCCUAUCUUUUCAGGCAGAGCGUUGGGAUUAUUUUGGAUUUCUGCCCAUGACAUACAGUGCCUUGUAAAAGUAUUUGGCCCCCUUGAAUCUUGCAACCUUUCGCCACAUUUCAGGCUUCAAACAUAAAGAUAUGAAAUUUAAUUUU